CCUGCCACGAGUUGCAGGGGGUGUAGUCUGUGGGUUGACGCUGAGUUUACGCUUUGUUUCCCAUUUCACUCAAUCUGAAGAACACUUUCGUUUGAAUCAUGAGUAGAAAAGUUACCUUAUUCGUCUCCGAUAUCUCAGGAAACAAGGAGACUAAAAAACGUCAACAACACAUGCGCACUCAAUUAGAGGCACAUAAAGUGCCUUUUGAUGUAAUUGAUGUUGCACAAGAUUCUGAUGCUUUAGAGAAAAUGAGGGAACUUGUGGGAGAUGAAGGAGCCUUAGCUCCUCAGAUUGCCAAUGGUGAUGAAUACUGUGGGGGCUUUGAAGAAUUUGAGGCUGCCAUUGAAGGAGAACAUUUAGGAGAAUUCCUGAAACUGAAGUAAAAUUUUAUACUGUGGCCAAAAAAAGGUUGGAAAUGAAGACAAACAUUCACAUGGCUCAGCUAGUUAUUUAAUACCCAGAUAUAUUUUUCAUCACAAGACAUGCUCUUUGAAUGCUUAUCAAGACUGCCUUACUGCAAUUACAGUCUUCAGCAAGGGACUCGUAUCUCUGUUAUUAACUUGUUGAGAAAAAGUACUAUUUUUAUUACUCUCAUUUUCUUAAAAAGUAGAUGUAGCAUACUUUGUCUGCAAAGAAUGUUACAGUUGAAGAUUCCAGUGAACUUAGUAAUCCAGGUUCCCUUCCAUGUCUUUGAAACUGGGAUUCUGGCUACAACUAGGCUGGCCAAUGGUCAAGAAAUUGCUAAGUUACAGUUUUAAUUAGUACAGUUUGGGUUGGUGGAACAUUAAGAUAAACUAAAGUAACUACUGUGAAAUUGGCAGCCAGCUCUGCUCAUGUUACUCUGAUACAAAUGCCUUAGUCACCUCAUCUGACUUUUCUUUAGGUUCAUUCAAAUAAUAUUGAUCUUUGCUCCUUAAUCCAUGUUUAGAGUUGGGGUGGGGUCAAUAAUUUUCAUUUUAACCUUUUCUUCUUUUAUACUCAGAGGAGAUGACCCUUUAGAUUUAAAUAUCAGCUGUACAUGUAGGUACUUAUUUUAGAAAUGUCUAGAUCCUGCACUAUUUGACUCAAUGGUGAGAUCCCUUCUUGUUUAUACAGUGGUUAUAUACUCUAAUGGCCAUUGUAUAUGAUUAAGUCAUCUUUAUGUGAACUGCACCAAGAGGGUCAAAAUUAAUAGUGGAAGAACAUUUAUUUAAUUGAAUCAACCCUGUUUUAGAGAAUCCUUGGAACCCAAUGGUUGCUUAAAACCAUGGUUCAGGUUAGACCUAGCAGAUAACUUGCCCUUAGGGUUUUUUUUUUUUAUUUUUUUCAAUUCCAGUGGUACUUUUUUUAAUGUAAUUGUAGUGUAAACUGCAACGUUUUGUGUAUUUAUUAAGCCAGCAAAUGUAGUAGUAGUCCAAGGCCUUGCAUUGUACACGUUUAAGUUGGGAUAAUUGUGACUCAUUAGGCUGCAGCCCGUCAUCCUUUGAAAUCCGAUAUUAAUUGAUCUUGCUUGAAGUCUUCAAAGUAACUUUGAACUGAUGAACACAAAGGGCUCGUGUCAUUAUUAUAAGUCUCAACAAAUUCAUUACUGAAUCAGUUUUGAUACUUGGGGAUUGAUCGACUUUAUCAUGACAGUUUUAUAAUCAUUUUAUAGCUCAAUAGAUUUCCUUUUGCAAUAUGCAAACUGUGAUACCCAUUUUCUUAAAAACCAAAUCAGAGUUUUGUAUCAUUAACAAGUAAUUCCACAAAUCUGCAUAAACAUAAAUUGAAAAAAUAAAGUUUAAUAUUUUUAGCCUG